AUGGACGACGAACGGGUCCGAGUCUCUUCCAAGGUCAUGUCUUUGGCGUCUCCAGUCUUCAUAGCAAUGUUCACCUCAGGCUUCAAGGAGAGCUGGACAUUUCGAGGAACUGCCAGCGACCCAUCAAGCAUCUCGCUGCCAGACGACGACUCCGCCGCGUUCAUCUAUCUUAGCAAAGUGAUCCACUUCCAAGACCCGAAGCUUCCAAAUAACGUCGACAUUGUGUUCUUCGAGAAGCUCGCUGUCUUGUGA